UGAAUGGGAGGUCUGUCGGUGUAACAGCGUUGAGUGUUUCUGGCCCGACACUUUAUUCUGUGCGUUGCUUGAAUAAAGUUACAGGCGGCACGCGCUUCUUGCAACUUUCCGCUCCUCUUCGGAUACAGCUCGCGCGCCUCUACUCAACCAAUCACCGGGAGUAUAUCUCCGAGCUCGCGCUGUAUAAUUUGCUCAACUGCCAGCUUCAAAUCAUCCACACAGAACGUGUAAUCUUCCCGACAACACACAAUGGAGGAGGAAAGCAACGUUCUUCCCGAGUUGAAGGAUAUAGAGACAAAACUGGGUCGAAAAGUACCGGAUAGUCUCAUUCGGACUCUUGUUGGAGGAAAACAUAAAGAGCAGCAGCAGGAGAAGUCACCAGCGACGCGGAGCUGCAAGUUUUGGAGUAAUUCAUCGGACUUAAAAAGACUGGAGAGCAAAAUGCUCUUCCUGAAACAAGAAAUGGCACAUCUGCGAGCCAUCGACGGGAAGCUGAUGCAGCAGCUGAUGUCAAUCAACGAGGGCAUCGAGUCCAUCCGCUGGAUGAUUGAAGACAAAGGAGGCGUGGCCAGCCAAGACGGCAGCCUGACAGGCAGCUUGUACAGUUUGUCAGACAGCCAGGACGGUACCUCACUGCGAGGCAGCUUCAACAGCCUGAACGACGGGAACAGCGACGGGCUGGACAGCCUCUCUGUUGGCAGCUAUUUGGACACCCUAGCUGACGACCUCUCAGACAACCCGUCACCUACAGACCUCGACUGUUUCAUGGAGAAGUCGGUUAUUGAUGGUGAAACCUUCAGCAAAUCGCCUCUGAAACUCAGGGUGGAAUCAGAUGAAUACUACUGCUUUGGAUAGUAAAAUGAAAAACGCCAUGGUUCCAGAGACUACUGACAUUUAGAAAUAUGUUCCUCACUCUGACUCAUUAACAGCUGUCAGCUUCUUUUCCCGACAUGCUUCACAUGUUCUCUGUGCAGCGACAGCGAAGACGUUGGCAAAUGACUCAUGACACCUUUUACCUUGAAACCAGUUUCCUUACGAUGUGGAUCAAACACACCUCAUGAAACCAUUCCUUAAUAAUGUUGCAGUAAUUUCCGUGAAACUUCUUAACUACUCUCCUUGUCUUAACAUUGCAUUAUGUAGGUCAAUUAAAAAAGGGUGCUCUGCUUUGAAUAAAUACUGUAUUUAUUUGGACUUAACCAGUACCUCAGCUACUUAAACAGUGAAGAGCACAUCCUAGCCUAGAAGUACAGAGGAAGGAGUGAAUAGAAGUAGCAGCAUUAGCUGUGUAGCAAAUUUCCUUCUUAAUUGUCAAAAAAAUGAACCGUCUACGCGUUAGGUCAACCAUAAUAAGCUGAUCCAAGCAAAGAAGAAGAUAAGGAAUUAGCAGCAAUUUGGAAAAUUGGGCAUUUCAUGCUGAGCGAUUGAAGAGAUUAACUUUUCUUUAAGUGGCAAAGUGAGAACUUUUAAGUGUAACAGCAAGUGCAAUUUAUCUUUAUGCCAAAUUUCAAGCGCCACCUACUGUAAAUGUUAAGCUUUUAAUGAUGUUGUACUUCCAUGUUUUGACUGAUAAAGAUUCCUGAGCUGAAGCCCACUCUGCUGGUGUGGAGUUUAUAUGUAUACAAAGAGAUUAAUGGUGUGUUCAAAGCACAGAUGCUUGACUGAAAACCAAAGCUAUUUGAUUGUCUUAUAGAUAAUUUAAGCCUGGGGGGGGGGGGGCAAAACCCCUUGAACAGCAGAUGGGGGGAUUUGUUGGUGGUGGACAUAUGUGAGACACAUGUUUGCUUCGUGGGCACAUUUGAAGUCUCUGUUGUCAAAAAAAAAAAGAACAAGAGCUUUACAUUGCUGUACAUGACUUUCUUGUUUUUGCUUACUUUGUUCUACUUUUAUAUUUCUCUGUUUGAAUUGAUUGCUGUUCAUUUUGUUGUGGAAGUGAAAUAAUAUAUUGUGAUUUUCCUCUA